CCUCUCUCGUCUGCCGCCAGAAAUCAUCUUCCCAGCUUUUCAGCUAUUCGAAUUGAAAGUAAUUUUUUUCUCUUCCAUUGGAAACAUGCCUCAUUACGACGAAGGAGAAUCGUCCAGCAGCGAAAGUACAACACCAGAAGAGAAAAGAGACAAGGCCACAAGGUUCAAUUACCUGCUGAAACCAACAGAGAUCUUUGCUCAUUUCAUGAACACAAUGAGAUCAAAGAAACAGUCAACAAGUCCAUUGAAAAUGAAGGCACCUCAGUUUCCAAGCAGAUCAAGGAAGUUGUCUGACUGUGGGGAUCAUCAGCAUCGAUGCAUAGAGCAAGAAGAAGAUGAACUGAUCAGCCAAAAUAAACACUCACAGAUAUCAGAGAUUCACUUUGAUCAGAAUCCACAGUACAUCAAGAAUGGAGAAAUGAGAGAUUAUAAGUUAAGAGGUCUUAACUGGCUUAUCUCACUGUUAGAGAAUGGAAUCAAUGGAAUUUUGGCUGAUGAGAUGGGUCUUGGUAAGACUUUGCAGACCAUUUCCUUGCUUGGGUACAUGAAGCAUUUCAGAGAAAUGGCAGGUCCUCUUCUUGUUAUUUUGCCAAAGUCCACAUUAGCUGACUGGAAGUCUGAAUUUGAAAGGUGGUGUCCAACUAUCUGAGCUGUUUGUCUCACUGGCAAUCAAGAGCAAAGAGCAGCAUUUAUUUGAGGCACCAUGCUCCCUGGAGAGUGGUACACUUGUAUAACAUCUUAUGAAAUGGUGAUAAGAGAGAAAGUGGUGUUUAAUAAGUUUGCCUGGAGGUAUAUCAUCAUUGAUGAGGCACACAGAAUUAAGAAUGAGAAGUCUAAGCUCUCAGAAAUUGUACGAGAACUCCGUUCCUCAAAUCGGUUGCUCCUGACAGGAACUCCUUUGCAGAACAAUCUUCAUGAGCUGUGGUCAUUGCUGAACUUUCUGUUGCCAGAUGUUUUUAGCUCGUCUGAUGAUUUUGACGCCUGGUUCAACACCAAUUCUCUUGUGGAAGAAAAACAACUUGUGGAACGUCUUCAUUCAGUUCUAAGACCAUUCCUAUUGCGUCGUCUCAAGGCUGAUGUUGAAACUCGACUUCUCCCAAAGAAGGAGACAAAGAUCUAUGUAGGACUCACAAAGAUGCAAAGAUAUUGGUACACCAAGAUCUUGAUGAAGGAUAUUGAUGUGGUAAAUGGAGCAGGGAAAUCAGACAAGAUGCGACUACUGAACAUUCUGAUGCAGUUAAGAAAGUGUACAAACCACCCUUACUUGUUUGAUGGAGCAGAACCUGGUCCCCCAUACACAACAGAUCAACAUCUUGUAGACAACAGUGGCAAGCUGAGAGUGUUAGACAAGCUGCUUGUUCGGCUUCAACAGGAGGGUUCCAGAGUUCUGAUUUUCUCCCAGAUGACCAGAGUGCUGGACAUCCUUGAAGAUUACUGUCUGUGGAAAGGAUUUGAGUACUGCCGUCUGGAUGGACAGACACCGCAUGAGGAGAGACAAUCAGCAAUCAAUGCAUAUAACAUGCCUGGAAGUGAAAAGUUUGUUUUCAUGUUGAGCACCAGGGCAGGAGGUCUGGGGAUCAACUUGGCCACAGCAGAUAUUGUGAUUUUGUAUGACAGUGAUUGGAACCCUCAAGUAGACCUGCAGGCUAUGGAUCGUGCCCAUCGUAUUGGACAGAAGAAGCAGGUGCACGUGUUCAGGUUCAUCACAGAGAGCACUGUUGAAGAAAGGAUUGUGGAACGAGCAGAAAUGAAACUCAGACUUGAUGCCAUUGUUAUCCAACAAGGUCGACUUGUUGAUCCUAGUCUUAAGGUCAGCAAGGAUGAGAUGCUGAGCAUGAUCAGACACGGUGCAGAUGAAGUGUUUGCCUCCAAAGAUGAAGAAAUUACAGACGAAGACAUCGAUGCCAUCAUGAAGAAAGGAGAGAAGAAGACUGCUGAGCUUGCUGAGAAGAUGAAGCAGUUUGGCGAGAGCUCACUGAGGAAACUGGCCAUGGAUGCCCCAGCAGAAAGCAUCUUCCAUUUCGAGGGCGAAGACUACAAAGAAAAGCGUAAGUCUGGCGUUUUCCCGCACUGGAUUGAGCCGCCUAAGAGAGAACGUAAAGCGAACUAUGCUGUUGACGCCUACUUCAGGGAAAUGCUGCGAGUUAGUGAACCAAAGGCGCCAAAGGCACCGCGACCUCCAAAGCAGCCUAACGUACAGGACUACCAAUUCUUCCCACCGAGGCUGUUUGAAUUGUUGGACAAAGAGAUCUACGCGUACAGGAAGAGUAUUGGCUACAAGGUUCCGAGAGACCCUGAAGACCCUCAAGGAGCAGAGAGACAGAAGGAGGAACAGCGGUUAAUAGAUGAUGCUGAGCCGCUAAAUGAGGAGGAAGCUGCCGAGAAAGAACAGCUCCUCCAAGAGGGCUUUACAAACUGGUCGAAGCGUGAGUUUAACCAGUUCAUCAAAGCGUGUGAGAAGUACGGUCGUGAUGACUUGGACAACAUCUGCCAGGAAGUUGAGGGCAAAACUCCAGAUGAAGUGCGGGCUUAUUCCGCUGUGUUUUGGGAGCGAAAGGACGAAAUGACCGAUAUCGAGAAAAUAAUGGCACAAAUUGAACGAGGUGAAGCCAAGAUUCAGCGGCGAAUCAGCAUAAAGAAAGCGCUGGAGGCCAAGAUGGCACGUUAUCGCUCCCCAUUCCACCAGAUGAGGAUCGCAUACGGAACCAACAAAGGAAAGAAUUACACUGAAGAGGAGGAUCGCUUCCUGAUUUGCAUGCUGCACAAACUCGGGUUUGACAAGGAGAACGUGUACGAAGAACUGAGAAUGGCUUGUAGAAGUGCUCCUCAGUUCCGGUUUGACUGGUUCCUGAAAUCCAGGACAGCUCAGGAGCUUCAGCGCCGUUGUAACACGCUGAUAACACUGAUUGAACGAGAGAUGAUGGAACUUGAGGAGAAAGAAAAAGCAGAGAGAAAGAAACGAGGAAAGGCUGCUGGGGGGACACCCAAGGCUCAAACGCCGAACAAGGAUGAAAAGAAAAGAAAGGCCGAUGGCACUCCUGAUGGGAGAGGUCGCAAGAAGAAGAAACAGUAGACAAAUGACAUCUUGAAUUCUUAUCAGAACAAAGAGGGAAUGAUCUUGUAAAAUAUUAAGCUUUAAUCCGUUUUUGAUUGGUGAAUUUUUCCAUCUCACCUGUAUUAUAGCAAACUUGUAAAAGUCUACUUGUAUCGUUUAGCGCCGUCAGUUUUUCCUCUAUGGAAGUAAUUAUCGAGUUCACCACGAUUUUUUAGUUCACUAUUCCAGGUAUCAAUCUCAAGGUGCAAGUCGGAUGUGUCCUUUAGCAAGGUUGGGUCUUUUUCAGUUAGCGCAUAAAGGAUGAUGUUUAUCCAAGAUUUUUAAUUGUCAAUAACGUAAUAAAGGUGCCUCAUUAAUUUACAGAUUA